GAACUUGCUAAGUACAACCUAACGGGUGUGGGAAGUUUUAUGCCGGUGCCGUCGCUGCUAAAUGCUGCUGGAAUGAGUGAAGAUGGUGGACCCUCUACGGCCGGUGUGGCUUCGGGUACUCUCGCUACCUCUAGCAUAGCCACGGGCUCAUCACUUUUCGAGUCGGAUGGCAAUCAGCGACCCACCUAUCCGCAACCAGAUGCGAACCAAAUGCUCCCAUUCAAACCCAAGGCCUAUCCGCGCACUGGCAGUCACCCGGUGGCGGGUGGAGAGUUUCCACCCCCGCCCGCAGCUUCUUCCUUAAUUCAUAUCCUUCCGCCUCCAGAAUGCUUUCAUGGUCCUUUUGUGCAAGUCGACAAGUUUUUGGAACACUUCCUCAACUUGGAGAUUCCAGAAGGUAAGUAG